AUGGCAGAAUACAAGCUCACCUAUGAGUCCCAGUUGGUAUGUCCCAAGCACUCGAAGAUUAAGAACACCCGUCCUGUUCCAACCCCGCUAACACAACGCUCCUCACAGGACGCAUUCCACCCCUCCUACCGCUGGGAAGGCACGGAUUCAAGCGAAGACUGGAAAUCUAAAGCCCUCCGUGGCCCUGGCCUCCCAGUUCUAGGCAAUGCAGUCGCCGGCGCUGUAGGGUCCGCCGUCUCCAAUGUCGUCGUCUACCCACUCAACGUAAUCGUCGCCCGACUACAAACCCAACAAAAGAGCUCCAAAUCCAAAUCCAAAUCUAGCACAAAGGACGAAGAUGCCGAAGAAGACACCGAUGAAGAGGAAGAAGAGAAAGAAUACACCAGCCUCCUCGACGCAGCCUACAGAAUCUAUCUCCAACAAGGCUUCGCGGGCUUCUACCCCGGUUUAGCACAAGACACAUGCAAAUCCGUCCUGGACUCAUUCCUCUUCUUCCUAGCCUACAACACCGUUCGCCAGCGCCGAAUAAUUGCCCGCGUAGGCGCUGCCCGCGCAGCCAAGAAUAAAAACAUCGUUCUUCCCAUCCUUGAUGAACUUGCCGUCGGCGUUGUAGCAGGUGCUUUUGCAAAGCUAUUCACCACCCCGUUGUCAAACAUCGUCACCCGGAAACAAACAGCCGCUAGUAAAGGUGGUGAUAAGGAUAUCUCGACAGGGGACAUAGCUGCUCAGAUUAAGAGGGAGAAGGGUAUAGCUGGGUUUUGGUCUGGAUACUCGGCUUCGUUGAUUUUAACGCUUAAUCCUUCUAUUACGUUCUUUUUGAAUGAGUUUCUGAAAAGAGUUCUUCUUCCGCGCGCGAAGAGGGAGAGGCCUUCUUUUGCUAUUACUUUCUUGUUAGCUGCGCUGAGCAAGUCUGCCGCGUCUUCGGUGACGUAUCCUUUUUCGCUGGCGAAGACACGUGCGCAGGCGAUGAGUGGUUCAAAGAAUGCAUCAGGAUCUGGUCAGGUUUCUGGUUCGAAGUCUGUUUUGUCUAUGCUUACGCCUCAAAUUGUCGCUACUGUUAUUGCUAUUGCUCGUGAAGAUGGAAUUCCUGCCCUCUACGCUGGUUUAUCAGGUGAGGUUCUCAAAGGAUUCUUCUCGCAUGGAUUCACUAUGCUCGCGAAAGAUGCUGUUUACGGUUCAAUUGUGAGAACAUACUAUCUCUUCCUUAUGCUUGUGCGUCGAUACCCGUCGCCGGAGGAGUUACUUGAGCGCGCUCGCGAGCAGGCAGAAGAAUAUAGCGAGAUUGCGCGUGAGGGGGCCCGUGACCUUGCUGAAAAGGCAAAAGAUGGUGCCGAGGAGGCAUUAAAUCAUCAUUCGGGAGGUGUGGCUGUUGAUAUGACUUCUAAUGCUGUGACAGCUGCUACAAUUGCGAGUAGAAGUGCUAGCCAUGGUGUUGAUGCAUCGUCUGGGUUGAAGGUGUCCCCUGUACUGGAUGAGAUUAAUGAGACUGCUGAAUUGGUGGGUGACUACGUUGAAGAUGCGGCAGAAGAAUGGAAGAGCUUCUAUCACUGGUUUUGGGACAAGUAUCGGGGGUAUAAGGAGUGA